CUCGGUCCAGCGCUAUACAGUCUUCCGGCCCGGCAUCUUUACUGUCCGCAGUCUCUUGCUGGUCAUCCCAUGUACUGUCUGCAGUCCUCUGGUCAUCCCCUGUACUGUCCGCAGUCUCUUGUCUUGUCACCCCCUGUACUGUCCGCCAUCGUCCCUGGUCAUCAUCCCCUGUACUGUUCGCAGUCUCUUGGUCAUCUCCUGUACUGUCCGCAGUCUCUGGGUCAUCCCCUGUACUGUCUGCAGUCCUGGUCAUCCCCUGUACUGUCUGCAGUCUCUGGUCAUAUCCUGUACUGUGUCCGCAGUCUUCUGGUCAUCUCCUGUACUGUGUCCGCAGCCUCUGGU